AGAGAGAGAGAGAGAGAGGGAGCGAUAAGUUAACAGCGGACCCAUGGAGCUCGUCGCAGCACUAGUGUUUUCUAUGUCUUCUUGUCCACAAUGCACUUUAGGAUUUCAAUAAGAUGCGUGUGUGUUUCCAGAUAAUCAGUUUCCUCUUCGCCGUAAACUUUUACUGCCAGCCGCUCCGAGCUCAGGAUCCCUCCUGUUGCCAUCAUGCUCCCCAGUUCUCCCCAUGUAAAGAAGCUUGUGACCAGCUCGCCACGAUAAAGAGUGAGUCUCGGCUGAAGCAUCUGCUCCAGAGGUUACCCAGUUACUGCCCAGAGUCUAUGAAUGAGCUCUGGACUUGCAUCAACUCUACGCUUCCAGGUGUAUCGAGGAAGUCCGACGGCUGGGUGGGGUUAGGCUGCUGUGAACUGGCCAUCUCAGCUGAGUGCCGCAGGGAGUGCAGACAGGCAUCAUCUAAAAAUGACAUAACAAAAGUAUGCAAAAAAGUCACAGAGAACUCCCUCUACAGCUGCAUCACCAAAAAUGAAAUGGGCUCCACGUGCUGCAGCUAUGCAGGCCGUCACACCACCUGUAGAGAGUACUGCCAGGCCAUCUUCAGGACCGACUCCACGCCCACCGUGUCUCAGAUCAACGCCGUUAAAGAGUACUGUCAGAGCCACAGCGCUCAGCUGCUCAGCUGCGUCAGCAACUUCACCAAGUCCUACCCCAUACGCAGCCCCAUAGACAGCUUGUACUGCUGUGACCGGGCAGAGGCUCCCUACUGCCAGGCAGCUUGUCGGAGAAUCCUUCGAACCAUGAGCACAGAGCAUGAGAUCAUGGAGGGCCUGAUCGCCGAGUGUGGCUCGCAGCCGCUGCCUCAGGAUCCCAUGUGGCAGUGUUUUCUGGGCAGCGCCCACCCUCCCUCCCCCCCUGAGGAGGAGACCCCCCACCCUGCCAAGAUGGACUGCGCCAAGCUGCACUGCUGCUCGAAGGCCAACAGCUCGGCUUGCAGGGACAUGUGUCGGGAGAUCAGCACCAACUGGGGCAGCCAGACGUGGCAAGACUUUGACCAGCUUUGUGAGUACAGUCCGGUGGAGACCGAGCUCAUCAACUGCCUGGCUGAUGUGAGGGAGCCCUGCCAGCUGGGCUGCAAGGACCUCACCUACUGCACCAACUUCAACUACAGGCCAACAGAACUGUUCCGAAGCUGCAACGUCCAGUCGGACCAGGGCGCCAUGAACGACAUCAAGCUGUGGUCCAACGGCACCAUCAAGAUGCCGUUCAUGAACAUCCCCGUUCUGGACAUCAGGAAGUGUCUGCCUGACAUGUGGAAGGCCGUAGCCUGUUCCCUGCAGAUCAAACCGUGCCACAGCAAGUCCAGAGGGAGCCUUAUAUGCAAGUCAGAUUGUAUAGACAUCCUGACCCAGUGUGGGGACAGGAAACGUUUUCAUGAAGGACAAACACCAGAGCGAAUAUGUGAACUCCUUUCUCCCAUCGAUGACCCUGAACGCUGCAUCCCCCUCCACAGAUACCUCACUCCUAGUUCCCUCGGCAGCAGCGCUGUGGAGGAAGUGGUCCAUCCAUGCAACCCCAACCCCUGCCCCAGCAACCAUCUAUGCCAGGUCAACAGGAAGGACUGCCUUGAUGAAGGGACCUGUCAGCCGUUUGUGUGUGUUCCAGGAUGUAAGCUAGGCGAGGCCUCGGAGUUUCUGGUGCAGCAGGACGCUCGCAUCCAGGUGCCGACUCGUUCCGGCCCGUCCGGGUGCUACGAGGUGUGCACCUGCGGCCCCAGCGGGCGUCUGGAGAACUGCGUGGACAUGCCCUGCGUGGACGUCGACAAGCCCUGUAUCGUAGGAGGACAGAAGAAGAGCCACGGCUCGUCUUUUACGGUCGACUGUCACACCUGCUCCUGCUUCGCCGGUGACACCAUCUGCUCCACAAGACAGUGUCCCGACAACAGGGACGCUGGCGACGAGCGCCAGCACUUUACCGGCCUUCCUUGCAGCUGCCCGGACCGCUUCGUCCCCGUGUGCGCCUCCAACGGUAGAACAUAUCCCAGCGCCUGCGUGGCUCGAUGCAUGGGGUUCAAAGACAACCAGUUCGUCUUUGGCCAGUGCCGCCUCAGUAACCCGUGCGCCACCAAGCCCUGCCAGAGAAACCAGAGGUGCGUCCCGGCGUACCGCGUGUGCCUGAGCGACUCCUCGGACUGCCCGCAGUACGAGUGCACGGAGCGGCCGGCGGCCUGCGAUAAGAGCAGCGCGGAGCCAGCCUGCGACACCGACGGCCAGGUCCACCCCAGCCUGUGCCACCUGCAGCUGUCUGGGAAGAGCCUGGCCUACAUGGGCCACUGCCAGGACGCCUGCAGGAAGCCGGAGCCGGUCUGUGGCUACAACGGCGAGACCUACAGCACGGUGUGUGACGCCUUCUCCGACCGCGUGGCCGUGGACUAUAAGGGCUCGUGCCACGCCGUGGGAACCGUGUCCGACGCCGCCGCCGACUCCGCCUGCAGCCUGAUCCAGUGUCCGCCCCUGUCCGCUCCAGGCUGCCAGCCCGUCACGCCGCCCGGAGCGUGCUGUCCCAUCUGUGCCAGCAUGCUGCAGAUCCUCUGGAACAAGGCGCAGAUGAACACCUUCUCUAAGCUCAAUCAGGACCAGCUGGUGACGGUCCACGGCAUCCUGCAGGUCCUGCGGCUCCACGUCUCAGUGCCACAGUGCGACGUGUUUGGCUUCCUGAGUAUCGACCACGAGCUGGUGGUUCUUAUUGCCCCAGUGGACCAGCAGCCAACGCCGCUGCAGAUCGAAGCGUGCAGCAAGGAGGCCGAGAAGAUCGACUCCCUCAUCAACUACGCCAGCCCCACGUUGGUCUCCCAUGUUCCCCUCUCUGCCUUCCUCACCUCCAAGGUCAAGACCUCCAGCGUCCACUCGUCGGGGGCCGCUCCGCCUUCGCCUCCACCGCCGCACAUCUGCUUCCUCCUCGGCCUGAUCCUCGCCGCACUCCCCGGCCUCCAGCGGCUCUAGGUUUGCUCCUCGCCUUCCCCUCAGCGGCUGUUCCAAAGCACCCCCCCCCCCCCCCCCCCCCCCCCCCCAAUGUUCUCCACCACUUCCCAUGAGUGUGUUGGGGUAAUGUCGUUCGACAAUCUUUCCUAUUGACUUACCUGCGCGUCAAACAAUCAAGAUGGUGAAAAAGCUAUUAUUAUGAGAAGCUUUUGCACUAACGAGAUGAACAGUAUUAUACAGCGGGUGAAUUACUGGGUUUCCCUCCAGUGAAGAGUGUUUAAGCGUGAAUGAGUGUAUGUGUGUGUGACCUUUAAGAAGCAUUUGACUUUGUACCAGCAGUGUUUAUCCAUUAGUCCCAACAGCAGGUUCCCCUCUGGAAGCUGUUAGUGGGAAUGUAAAUUGUGUGUGUGUGUGUGUGUGUGUGUGUGUGUGUGUGUGUGUGUGUGUGUGUGUGUGUGUGUGUGUGUGUGUGUGUGUGUGUGUGUGUGUGUGUGUGUGUGUGUGUGUGUGUGUGUGUGUGUGUGUGGACUUUUAGGUAAUUUGUCAGACAGAUGUUCUGCCAGACACACACUCUUAUGUCCUUCCACAAAACAAUUGGUGUCACUAAAUCCAGGCUUUGCACCAGAUGGAGACUCAUCAGCCUUUCAGUGACACGUCACUGGACCUAGUGUUUGAGUCUUUAACCUCUGCAGUGUUAGUGCUCAUGCUCAUGGACGGAGAACUAAUCCACCAUCCAGAAACCUGGCUCCAAAAAUUGACCAAACAAAAGUCCCCAAAUCUGAUCCAAUGCCUAUCAGUCAAAGACAAGAAGUAUUAUGAGGAGCCAGGUUUGGAGCCGAUCAGAGCUCUGAUGGUGAGGAUGGUCUGGGACCAAACUCAAUGCUGUGGACAAUCCUCUAGCUCUACUCCAAAACAAACCUGGUAACACUUUACCUGAAGUGGUGUUUGCAGAAGACCUGCACAAUCAUAAAUAAAGUAAAGUAAUAAGAGCACGUUGAGCUGACGCUGCUUUGCAUUUUAACAUCCACGACCGUUUCUUUGUAUAGUCUGACGGGUCCGAAACCCAAAGAUAUAUAGACGUUGCAAAGAAUCAAAAUGAGGAAUAAAGUAAUCAAAUAGUUGCACUUCAGUAUGUUAAUCAACAAGUCUAAGCCUCCUUUGUUCUCCUUUCACAUCUUUAGGAUGUUGAAGAGGCAAUUACUCCAAAUGUGACCCACUAUUACAGUCAACAAUGCUUCAAGCACUAAUUAACCUUGGCCAGAUUAUCACACGAGAGCUGCAUGAUCACAGAGCGAGGUGGUAUUCUGGAGGUUUCUCACGCAUCCAUGGCCGAUCUCCACCCAUGAAUACAACUUAAGGAGACUUCCUGACUUUAAUGAUUUGCUUUGAUUCAAGAAUUAGACAGACAGUGACAUUACUGAGGGUGCUCUGUCCUCCAACGUCAGCAUAAUGUCUUCAUGCUGUUACAGAAACACGGUCUUACGAGCACCACUUCCGCUGAAGUGCUAUCAGGACGUGUCCCAUUAGCAGGUGAAUGGGUUAUUUAAUGCAAAGCAGAGAAGCCUGGAUCAUCGCUGCCUUAGUGUGAGGCCAGUAGCAAUAAAAGGGAUGCGUGCCCUUUGUACAUAUGAACCGGAAGCCAUUUAACAGGAGAAUGUGCUGCUCACUACCCACAAUCCACUUUGGGUCGAGAGGAUUUUCUAUAGUAUGCUUUGCAUAUAGUAGCUUAUAUGAAGUAAUAAUGAAAAUGCAAUAAUUUUAUAUUUGUUAAGAAAUGUCUCUAUAUUUGAUAUGUAUCUGAUGAAUUGAGAUAAUAUGAUCACCUAUGUGCCAUGUUUUGUUUUAAACAACUGCUUGUUAUUCUGUAUUGCAUGAAGUGUUUUUACUCCAGAAUGUACUACGAUGUGUGUCGUCCCGUGUCUGUGUGUGUGUUUGUCUGUCUGCCGUUACAGCACAACGUGUCCCGUCGUCCUGCAGUAUUACUGUGCUUGGCAGCUGUGUAUCAGGGAACUCCUCCAUCUGUUUUAAUAAAUAGCCUUAUGAUGA